GGAACUGCGAGGGAAAUGCAAUAAUUUUGCCAUAAUGGGCUGUAACCUCAAUUCGACCCCGGCCCUUGCAGCCCUCGGUCGGAAGCGGAGCGAUGCGCCCUGCCUCCAGCGGGUGGCGCUCGAGUCCGACUGAACGGCGGCGGCGGGUGGCGGGCACGCGCCUGGGGCGCGCGCGCCACCCCUCUUGCCUCCACCCAACUCCCCCAUUAGUGCACGAGUUUACCUCUAGAGGUCAUCAGGCAGGAUUUACGACUGGACAACAAAAGCACGUGAUUCGAAGUCGUACCCCAUAUUUGGGUGCCUACGUAGGAGGGAACCAAGUACAUGUCCCAGUCAUUUCCAUAAUUCAUCAUAAAUUGUGCAAGGGUGCUAUAGACGCACAAACGACCGCGAGCCACAAAUCAAGCACACAUAUCAAAAAACAAAUGAGCUCUUAUUUUGUAAACUCAUUUUGCGGUCGCUAUCCAAAUGGCCCGGACUACCAGUUGCAUAAUUAUGGAGAUCAUAGUUCCGUGAGCGAGCAAUUCAGGGACUCGGCGAGCAUGCACUCCGGCAGGUACGGCUACGGCUACAAUGGCAUGGAUCUCAGCGUCGGCCGCUCCGGCUCCGGCCACUUUGGCUCCGGGGAGCGCGCCCGCAGCUACGCGGCCGGCGCCAGCGCGGCGCCUGCCGAGCCCAGGUACAGCCAGCCGGCCACGUCCACGCACUCGCCUCCGCCCGACCCGCUGCCCUGCUCCGCCGUGGCCCCCUCGCCCGGCAGCGACAGCCACCACGGCGGGAAAAACUCCCUGGGCAACUCCAGCGGCGCCUCGGCCAACGCCGGCAGCACCCACAUCAGCAGCAGAGAGGGGGUUGGCACGGCGUCCGGAGCCGAGGAGGAUGCCCCCGCCAGCAGCGAGCAGGCGAGCGCGCAGAGCGAGCCGAGCCCGGCGCCGCCCGCCCAACCCCAGAUCUACCCCUGGAUGCGCAAGCUGCACAUAAGUCAUGACAACAUAGGCGGCCCGGAAGGCAAAAGGGCCCGGACGGCCUACACCCGCUACCAGACCCUGGAGCUGGAGAAGGAGUUCCACUUCAACCGCUAUCUGACCCGCCGAAGAAGGAUUGAAAUAGCACAUGCUCUUUGCCUCUCCGAGAGACAAAUUAAAAUCUGGUUCCAAAACCGGAGAAUGAAGUGGAAAAAAGAUAAUAAGCUGAAAAGCAUGAGCAUGGCGGCGGCGGGAGGGGCCUUCCGCCCCUGAGUAUUUGAGCGUUUAAAGUACUGAGCAGUAUUAGCGGAUCCCCGCGUAGUGUCAGUACUAAGGUGACUUUCUAAACUCCCUUGUGUUCCUUCUGUGAAGAAGCCCUGUUCUUGUUGCCCUAAUUCAUCUUUUAAUCAUGAGCCUGUUUAUUGCCAUUAUAGCGCCUGUAUAAGUAGAUCUGCUUUCUGUUCAUCUCUUUGUCCUGAAUGGCUUUGUCUUGAAAAAAAAAAUAGAUGUUUUAACUUAUUUAUAUGAAGCAAGCUGUGUUACUUGAAGUAACUAUAACAAAAAAAAAGAGAAAAAAAGACACAAAAACUCC